CUGCACUACCGCUUCCCAAAUCUCCUCCCGCGCAUGCACGCACACGCGCACGCACGCACGCGCGUCCUUGCCCUGCAGUGCCAAGCCUACACCCACCCCUCCCCUCCCCAAACCCAGCCGCCUGCAGCCCUUCGCCUGUCUCCACCCCCCGUCUUAAGCCCAGCCUGGCCAUCUCCGGUCUGUUUUUCGUGUGUGUGUGUGUUGCCGCUCGGUGCGAGACGCAGCCUUUAAACAUCAGACGCGUCCGAGUGGUCGCGAUUUCGCCGGCUCCGGCUGCUGCUGCUGCUGCUGCGCGGAGUCCGCGGCGCGAACGAGCGCCUCUGCGUAGAGUAGUUGCAAAGUUGAAAAGUGUAUCGGCGAGCGGAGCCCUCUCUGAUCGCUAGCAGAUGUGGCACACGUAGGAAACGAGGGGCUGUAGUUUUAAAAAGCGUGCCGUUUGAAAGGGGCGGACGAGAAGGAGCAAAGUGAGGUGGUGGAGGGGGGGGAAAGAGACUCGGAGACAGAGCGAGAGAGACAGAGGAGGGAGCGAGAGAGAGAGAGAACUUUUUUUUUAAAGUUUCAGUUUCUUUGGGUCGGAUUUAAUAUAUUUUUUUCUCCCAGACUGGGAUUGUGACUUAGUGGAAAGGCACAUGCUCGGCAGAACCGGCUACACGGACUCGAGAUGGCCGUGUGCCUGGGCUCCCUGACGGGGGGGCAGCUCGGCUUGGCGCUGAUCCUGUGCUGCUGCUGCUGCAUCUCGACAGCCGAGGGGCGGCUCCCACACCCGCUGCUCUACUUCGGCCCGGGCGACGCGCGCGUGCUGCAGCAGCAGGCGCACACCACGCACGCGCACCUCGCCAAGGUGAUCCGCAACUCGGUCAAGAGCAUGAUGUCCAAGGCCACCUUCUAUCUGCCGCCCGUCGAGCACGAGGCGUUCGCGGCGCGCUGGAACGAGAUCUACGGCAACAACCUGGGCGCCCUCGCCAUCUACUGCGUCCUCUUCCCGGGCGACGAGACGGCGCUCAAGUUCACGCUGGAGUACAUGGACCGCAUGUGCAGCUACCCGCGCUGGCAGGUGCGCGACGCGCCGCAGGACGAGGUGCCCGUCGCACACUCGCUCGUCGGCUUCGCCACCGCCUUCGACUUCCUGUACCCGCGCGUGGACGCGCGGCGGAGGGCCGCGCACCUCGCCAAGAUCCGCGCCGUCACCGAGGAGAUGUACGAGCUGUCCAAGUUCCGCGCGUGGGGCAAGCACUACCUGCACAACCACGAGGUGACCAACGUGAUGGCGCUGCUCACGGGCGCCCUGGUCGUGGAGGCGCACGACCGGGCGGCGGCGGCGCCCUGGCGGCAAGCGGCCACGGAGCUGAUGGAGAGGACCUUGUUCCUGCUGGACCACGUGGUGGACGGCUCUCUGGACGAAGGGGUCGCCUACGGCAGCUACACGUCCCGCUCGGUGACGCAGUACAUCUUCCUGGCGCUGCGGCACUUUGGCAUUAACCACACCAACAGCACGUGGCUGCGCGAGCACUUCUGGUUCUACUACGCCACGUCGCUGCCCGGCUACCAGCGGACGGUGGGCAUCGCCGACUCCAACUACAACUGGUUCUACGGGCCGGAGAGCCAGCUGGUGUUCCUCGACAGGUACGUGCUGCGCAACGGGAGCGGCAACUGGCUCGCGCAGCAGAUCCGGCGGAGCAGACCCAGGGACGGCCCCAUGGAGCACUCGACGUCGCAGCGCUGGUGCACGCUGCACACCGAGUACCUGUGGUACGACGCGCAGCUGGUGCCCAGACCGCCCGCCGACCACGCCGCGCCCAGGAUGCACGUCUUCUCCAACUGGGGAGUGGUGACGUACGGCGGCGGGCUGCCCAGAGCCCCCGGCAACACGUUCGUGUCUUUCAAGUCGGGGAAGAUGGGCGGGCGCGCGGUGUUCGACAUCGUGCACAGCGGCGCCUACUCGUGGAUCAACGGCUGGAAGAACUUCAACCCCGGGCACGAGCACCCCGACCAGAACUCAUUCACCUUCGCGCCCAACGGCCAGGCGUUCGUGGCCGAGGCGCUGUACGGCCCCAAGCACACGUAUCUUAACAACGCGCUGGUGUUCGGGCCGUCGCCCACCAGCCAGUGCAACCAGCCCUGGGAGGGCCAGCUGGGCGAGUGCUUCCAGUGGCUCAAGUGGACGGGCGAGGGUGUGGGCGACACGGCGGGAGAGGUGAUCACGGCGUCGCAGCACGGCGAGCUGAUGUUCACCAGCGGCGAGGCCGCGUCGGCCUACUCGGCCUCCAUGGGUCUCAAGAGCGUCUACAGAAGCCUGCUGCUGCUCAACUCGCAGACGCUGCUGGUGGUCGACCACAUCGAGCGCUCGGAGACCUCGCCCGUCAGCCAGGCGAGCGCCUUCUUCCACAACAUGGAGCUCGACUUCAAGUACGUGCUGCAGAGGGUCAGGGACAGGUACAACGGCGCCGUGAUGGACGUGUGGGACGCAAAGUACGAGAUGUUUUGGUUCGACAGCCAGGGGAAUAGUCCCCGCGCCGCCCUGCAGGACAUGGAGCAGGCGGCGGAGUUCAAGAAACGCUGGACGCAGUUCGUCAACGUGACGUUCGCGCUGAGAGGGCCGCCGACGGCAACGCGCGUGGCGUACGUGUUCCACGGGCCGUUCGUCGCGCUCGGCGACUGCCGCUUCGUGGACGAGCACAGGAACGGCGUGCGCCUGCACCUGGAGGUCAACGGCACGUCGCAGCUCGUGUCGAUCGCGACGCGGUACCAGGACCCGGCCGCACGCCUCGCCUACCUGGGCUUCGCGGGGUACGCCAAGCUGGAGAACGAGCGGCAGAUAACGCGCUUCGGCCUGAGCCAGGUGGUGCUGCGUGAGCAGGGGGGCGAGAGCGACCUGGCGUACCUGAUGGGCGUCACGGUGAGCUUCGCCGUUGGCAUCACGCUCGGCACGGCAUUGGUGCUCAUGGCCGUGCGCUGGAAGUUCUACAUCUCCUUUAACCGGCUCGUGCGGCUGGCGAUGCUCGGCGUGGUUCUGCUGUGGGUCGUCGAGCUGCUGGUGGUGUGGCGGGCCUGCGUGCACCCCUUCUGCGGCCUCGGCUGGGAGCGCCGUCGCCCGCCGAUCGCGACGGGGAACUACGGCGACGGCCAGCGGCCCCUGCCGGAGCCCGACCUCCACUCGGUCCUGCCCACCGUCGUGGUCGCAUCGCUGCCGGCGUCCGGCGCCGAGAUCCUCAAAGAGCUGUUCGCCGGCACCACGGACUUUGCUUAUAUCGCGGCGCCCACACACCUGGUGAGGCUGCCCGACACGGAGUUCGAGGUGGACCCGUUCGUGGACGCGUGCGAGUGGACCUACGCGGACGUGCGUUCGGGGCGCUUCCCCACGCUGCAGGGCUGGUUCCAGUCCCUGCUUAGGAACCCGCGGCUUCACCUGCAGAAUAUGCCCCUGCAUGGGCUGCUGCCAAAGAGGCGGGUGUUAUCGCAUGAGAGUGGUGUGUCGUUAGGUGGUACGGCUCUGCCGGGAGAGGCCUAUUUUACACCACUUGUGCUCAACAAAACUAACGGGCAAGGGGCACCAGGUGGGAGCACUGAUUUGAUUGAGAGGCUCACACGAGACGCGCUUCCCACUGUAUCCCUGAGAUCGCGAAAGUUGCUGCGUAAAAAACAGCCCAGCAAAACUCUCCGGCGAGCAAAAGCCAAGCAGGAGCCAGAGCCCCUCCUCCAAAAGAGGGUCCUCUCGGAUGAAGAGAGCGAAGCAGAAUACAUCCGGGGUCUACGAGCUCACCUGCUGGCCUACCCCAACACACGCAUCGCCCUGCACCUGACGAGCGGCAGUUGGAACCUGAAGCUCCCCUUCCUGCGGGGCCUCGUGGGCUCGUCCCUGCGCGCGCUGCACGUGGUGCGCGAUCCGCGCGCUUGGGUCCACUCCAUGCUGUACGGCAGCAAGCCGAGCCACUACGCCGAGCUGGACGUUGCCGCGCGGCUCGAGCGCCUCUUCCAGGCCGCCGGCGCCGGGCGCGCGCCGAGGCGCGAGCCCUGCGGCCUGGGGUCUGGCUACGCGUUCGAAUUCGAGCCGCUGCGCCGGCUGGUGUCGGACGCGGAUGCCACUCCGGUGGCGCUGCUCGCGCACGUCUGGCUCGCCAGCACGGCGGCGGCGCUGCGCGUCAACCGCCAGCUGCCGGCGACGAACUGCGCGGUGGUGCGAUUCGAGGAGCUGGUGCAGCAGCCGCAGGCGGCCUCGGAGAGGAUAUACGCGUUCCUGGGACUGCCCGCGCCGCCCGCCGCGAUCAACCGCAUCCUGAUGGCCACGCGCAGCCAGGUGUUUCGCCUGCCUAAUGAGGGCCCGCUCUCGGCCAGCGCGGUGAGCGCGUGGAAGGCGAAGAUGCCGCGCAGGGACAUCCGUGAGAUUGAGGACAUCUGCGCGUCGAUGAUGACGCAGCUGGGAUACUCGAAAUUCAUGGAGUGAAAGAGUCGUGGGGGGUUGGUUUUUUUUUUGUUUUCGUUGUUGGCCCCUGCGUGAGUGACUCAUAAUCCUGUGGAAGAUUUGUUGUUUUCUUCUGAAUUGAGGUGUUGUCAACGAAAUCAAUAUUUACAACAAAUAAUUUGUUUUGGAUUAUUUUGGCCAAGGGACAAUUGAGUUACCGAUGUGGUGCAUUUGAAAUUGAGGGGUUAAAUGAGGCCCGUUCGUUUUUCAGUUAUAUGCAAUAUUUUGAUUGUAAAGUAUUUGUUUCACAGCGUUGUAUAAAUGCUCUAUUUAUAUUGACCGAGAAAAGCACUAAAGCACAAAAAAAUAUCUGCAACUGAACAAAUAGCACGUUCAUAUUUUUAGGAAGGAAAUAUUAUAUUAAAUACAACAGCUUGUUGUAAAAUACUGAACCGCAUUUGAUGAUUUCCUUAUGGUUUUGAUCGUUAAGUGUGAGGAUCAGUUGUAACUGAAGUGUAACUGUUCUCUGAGCCUCCUGGUAGGGACACCAAUGUUGUAUAGUGAAUCCUUGUUGGCGUUACAUUCUGCGAGAAAAUUGUAUUUAAGAAAAAGUAUGAAUCACCUAACUGCAGACAUCACAUUUACUUUAAGUGGCUCAGUAUUCUACAUUUUCAGUCUUUAGUGGAUGACUGGCUUUUUAGAUCCCUAAUUGCAUGUUUUUAAAUAUAUAAAGAGUUGACAGGGGGAGCAUUACAUUGACAAGUGACAAUCUGUAUAUAUUGGAGUGGGGGUUACCUUAAAUGACUAUACGAGGACAUUACGGAUGAUAACUCUCACGGAGUUAUUUAUGGAUUAAAUGCCAGCUUACAUGAAUCUUCAACACAUUACAAUCAUAGGGCGAGGCCAAUAUUUGAAAAAUUGGACAUGUUAAACCAACUGUGAAUGGCAAUGAAGAGUUGGGCUACGCAAGGGAACGUGGGAUCGGUGCAGGCAUCACUCCGUUUCCACACGAAAGCACUUUUAAUCAAAGAGGUUUAGCUCGGAGAGCUUCGAAGAGGUGGGUGGGAGUGGGGGGGGGGGGCACUGUCACAAAAACCCAUAGAUCUUAGAGGCUCAGAGCAAAUUCGCAUUGAUGCCUAUUAGCUACCAACGCAGUUCCCAUGUAACGUUCGCCAGCACAUCAUGACCGAAGCAGAUAUGCAACAUGUAAUGACAGAAGUGACGUUUUGUUGUUAUAUAAUCAUUCGUAUUAUAUACAAAUAGAAUAUACACAGUAACUGUGAUUAAAAAGAGGCCCUCACAAAAGAUCGUGGAAUUUCAAGACCGAUAACGCUUGCCACCGGCGACAAAAUCAUUGUCAAAUAGAUUUUGUCAGCUUUGAGCGGAACCAUGUGAACGAUAUGGAAGAGGGGAAAAACUCGCGUUAUGCUGUGCUGAUGAUCCCUAACAAGGUUGAAGCCAGUACAACGCAACGGUCUGAAUAUAGGUUUUUUGGUUAGGCAAGAUUAACUAAAGAGACCACAGACUGAUACUUUGUGUGAUUGACGUCCGAAGCCUACAGAGGCCCUAAAUAUUUGUACUUCAAAACAAGAAAAAAAUCACAUAUAAUCUCACUGACGCCUUGAGACUCUUUGUCACAGCUUUCUACACAGACAACCACACAUUCAUACGCACAAAUAAAUAAUGUAUAUUUGUGCAACGCUAACAUUUGUAAGGUGGCUGGUGAGGGUUCCAUCCGUGCUGUGCUGCUGGGUUCUACUCAAACACCGUGCAAAAUGCCUCUGCGCGUGAUAUAAGCAACCCAUUGACGAGCACGACUCUUCUCAGCAGCGAAUGACCUCACCUGCCUUGCUUGCACAGGUUCACAAAAUAAGGUAAUUAGUGUUUCACAACAUGUUGCUCGGUAUCCCCGCAUUCUCCAUCCCAUUUUACAAAAUAUUCAAGCGUAUGGGGAGGGGGGGGGAUGGCUGCCCCCCCCCCCCCCCACCGUCGCUCCAUCACCCGUGGCGUAGCCUGCCGCUGUUAAGAGCCUUGCGCAACCGACGAGAUGCGGACGUUGCUACAAAGUUGCGAGAUUGAGAGAGGCGCCGUCCAAGCGACCUCGGUGUUGGUUUCGUGGAAGACAAUUUUUUCAUGGACCGGGGUGGAGGGGGGGGGGUUCAUCAUUGGGUCUUUCCCCCUUUUCAAAGAAGCUCUCCAGCGACGUUUGUGUGUGUGUUUUUUGAAAACUCAUUUUGGCUACUAGGGGUUAGAGCUUGUGGGCUUACACAAAACUGUGACUGAGCUAAGUGCGCAGUGCGGGAAAGAGGCGCGGAUGGAAGCGGUAAAUAAAACAAUGGGUGGGCUACCCGCGGACGCACCGCUCUCACCUCCUGCUAUGCGGGCCCGGUUCCUAACAGCACCGGUCCGUGGCCCGGGGGUUGUUGACCUCUGGAGUAGACGCCGGAGGUCAUCGGGGGAUCUGGCGCCCUCGGCUGCCCCGGGUCGCGACCGCCGCACGCUGCCCUCCCCGUGGUGGCCGCGGUUUCUGUCGUCUUUUUAUUUUGGAGUGGAAAUGAGCCACAGCUGCGCGCAGCCUUCGUCCGUUUAUGAAAUUGCCUGAAGUAGUUUCGAAUUCUUAAGACGGGAGAGGAGAGGGGGGUGGGGGGACAGCACAAAUCUUGCACUCUUCAUUAGAGCAGUUGGUGAUGUGGAAACGGAGAGAAGAAGGAUUUUGCAUAUCGAAGUAAAACCGCGUAUCAUUUGCUGUUUAGGUGUACAUUUCAUUUAUUCUCUCUCUUCGUUUGACACGAAUGUUUGAUUGGCAAUAAAUGGCUGUUUUGUGCAAUGUU